CAUAAUUUUGUAGUUGUCAACUUUAUUUAAUUAAUGACAAUAAUUGUGUUUGUUUAUAUGCCGCUAAUUUAUAUAGAUUUAUAAAAAUUUAAGAAAAUUUAUGUGCCGUAAUGACGCUUGCAACAAGUUCAAAAGACAUAAGAUUGUAUAAAUGGCCGAAUAUCACAUAUAUCGGACUUUACGAAACUCCUAUAGACUGUAUGUUGGUUAAAAGCAUUUCUUGGUCUUGUGACGGUAAAGAGAUACUAGCGGUCAAAAGCAAAGGCUGUCCAGUCAUCGUUGAUGUAUAUAACAAAAAUGAUCUGAACCUUGAAGCCUAUGAGUGUUCAUUUAUAAACCACGCCUCCGUUGGUGUUUUUUUAAACACUGAUCCUGAUAAAAUCGCUUUUGGUACAGAUGAAGGUUUUAUAUUAAUUUAUAACGUAAAGCAUGCUCGUCGUCCUCAAGAUUUUUUGAAGCUUCAAAGUUCCAUACAAUAUUUAGACUUCUCGGCAGAUGAUCAACUAUUAGCAGCUGGUUGUUCAAACGGAACAAUAGUGUUAUUAAAUUCAAGCUAUACACCAUGUGCUAGUUUUUUAAUCUCAGGAAGCCACACCUUAUCAAAUUUAUGUUAUAACAAGAUAUGUCCUAAUUUGCUUGCUGGGGCAAGCAAGGAAGGUGUUCUUUCUGUAUGGAACACUGAAACUACAGAUAAUCUUUUUAUAAGUAAACAACAUGCAGCUCGAAUAACUGACUUGGCGUUUUUCAAUAAUGGUUUAUCAUCUGUUGGUAUUGAUAGAAAAUUUGUAACUUACGAUUUACGAUCAUUCAAAGCUAGCUGCUAUGAGUUAGAUUGCCCUUUAUCUAGUUUGUCAUAUCUUGAUGGAACUUAUGAGCUUGCUGUGAGUACAACUACAGGUCAGCUAAGAAGUUACGACUCCAGAAAUAUGAAAUCUCCAUUAAGGACUCUAGUGGCAAUUGCCAAUGGUGGCAUUAAAAAAAUUUCGUUUCCCAUGAAUCCAGAUGUAGGUGUACUUGGAUAUACAGAUAGAAGACUUGAAGACGAUUUCUCUGCUUCUGGCGAUUUUAGUAUUGCAUCUGGUUCUUCUCCAAGGAGGUCUAAUGCAUGUGAAAAAUAUAUGAAACUGGGUUCUCCCACCACUGCAGAUACGGAUACUCACUAUAUGCAUUCACCUAAAAAGUACUUUACAUCCUCUAAAUAUGAGGAUCUUAAUAAAUUUAUUGAAGACAAACUGAAAGUAGCUACUAGAGAUUUUGAGGAAAAAUUGAUCCAAACUUUCUACAAGUUAAGAAUCAAUACGAGUAAGAAAUUUGUUAGUGUGGAAGACAAGAUUUCUCAAAACUGGAACAAUUUUGUCGAUUAUUUAAAAUUCUCUGGGCAAGGAGCCACUGGAGAAAGUGAGAUGGCUAUUCAGAGGUACAAUGACGAAGUAGAUGAUCAAGCUGGGUCAGAUAAAUAGUUUCGCCAACAAAAAUAUUAAAUUGAAUGGUUUGUUUAAUAUAAUUAAACGAAAUUUUUAAAAUUCGA